AUGGCCCGCAAGCUCCCAUGGAAAAAGUCGCCGGAAAAUUCGGGCACUCUUGCAAAGCAAGCUCCCAAGUCGGAGACCAUCUCGAAACCCUCGACACCAGUGACUCCUGUCUUUACCCCUUCUCUCGGUCAUGAACGCGGCGCCCGCUCCCAUCAACCCGGUGCGGGUUCAGGCGGGCUACGUAGUCCAUCUACAUCGCCUCCUCCGGAGCCCCCUCCCCAGCAAUUCAUGAUUCCUGGCCCGCAAAACGACGACAAGUAUCGCAUGGUGGAGGAUGAACUGCUGCGCAUCGCGAGACGCUUCACAACCCAUCUACACCGCGCAGAGUACAACCGGCUCAGAAUGUUGACCAAGGCUCAUAACGCCGACACGAUCCGUGAGAUUGCGCGUCCUGUGGUUCCCGGUCCGCCUACUUUGACGGCCAGGCGGCGAAAACAAGCCGUCGAUAGAGAUUCCAAGCAGCGGCGAGUUGCGAAGAGUUUGGGGAAUGGCGAGGAUGCUGGAGCUGGUGCCAGAUCCCUCUGGGUUGGCACAAGUUUGCAGGGCCUCAUGGAAGCGCCGAGGACGGAGAAUCGAAGGAUUCUGUCGUCUGUGGCGGCUGCGCGUGCGGUGGGAACGCGCGUCCCCGCGGAUCGUGCAUCACGUAUUUUGACGGAGGAGCAGGGCAUACAAGCCCCCGUUCCGGCGGGUGGCGUUUUUGAUUCAUUGCCCAGGCGAACCGCGAGCCUUGGAGGCUCACGAAAGAGCGGAAACCUAUCCACGGAAAUUAUUAGCUCGUCGCGAGGCCAGUCGUCCCGAUUGCCGGCCACCCCACCACGAAGACAAUCUUUCCACAGCGACCCUCCCCCGGAACCUGCGUCCUCUUCGUCGCUCGUAACGUCUCGGUUUGGCAGUGUCGGAUCCGCGAGACAUGGCACCACCUCGCAUACCCUGAAGAAUCAUUUGCCACAGGGUUCGGAGAUUGACGAUUUCCAUGAAGACGAUGAUGACGACGACGACGACGACGACGAUCCAUUCGGCGUGAAUAAACGGAGAGUACAGCGAAAACAAUCCAGGGAGCAGAUGCGAAAACAUGCCAACAAGAAUGCAGUCACCAAGCCGCCUCCGGAUACGAUACCCUCAUUCAUUUAG